GGAGGCUUGAGCUUCCCAGGAUGCUCCGCGGCGGAGCGCUCAUUCUAAACUGCUGGGCGCAGAGUCCGAGGCGGGAGGCCGUGAUGGCCGCGCCGGAGCCGGAAGUCCUUUCUCCCGCCGCCGUCCCUGAUUUGGAGUGGUGUGAGAAGUCGGAAGAAACUCAUGUUCCCUGUGUAGAUCUCCUUGAGACAGUUACCUCUGCCCAGGAACCUUCCAACGCAUCGGAGCCCUUUUGUCCAAGAGACUGUCUGGUACCAGUGGUGUUUCCCGGGCCUGUAAGCCAGGAAGGCUGUUAUCAGUUUACUUGUGAGUUUCUGAAGCAUAUCAUGUACCAACGCCAGCAGCUCCCUCUGCCGUAUGAACAGCUGAAGCACUUCUACCGAAAACCACCUCAGCAGGCAGAGGACACCGUGAGGAAGAAACCUCGGGUCACCAGUGAGGUGAACAUCAGGAAAUGUCAGCAGGCCCUGGCAGAACUGGAGAGUGUCCUCGGUCAUCUACAGGACUUCUUUGCCCGGACACUAGUGCCCCGAGUGUUGAUCCUCCUUGGGGGCAAUUCCAUAAACCCCAAGGAAUUCUAUGAACUGGACUUGUCCAGGCUGGCCCCCUUCAGUGUGGACCAGGGCCUGAGCACAGCAGCUUGUCUGAGACGUCUCUUUCGAGCUAUUUUCAUGGCUGAUGCCUUUAGUGAGCUACAGGUUCCUCCGCUCAUGGGCACCAUUAUCAUGGUACAGGGACACCGCGACUGUGGAGAAGAUUGGUUCCGACCCAAGCUCAACUACAGAGUGCCCAGCCGGGGCCACAAACUCACUGUGACCCUGUCGUGUGGCAGGCCUUCCAUCCCAGCCAUGGCUUCGGAGGAUUACAUUUGGUUUCAGGCCCCAGUGACACUUAAAGGCUUCCAUGAGUGAGUGAAUGAGGGUGCUUUUUAAUCGUGAGAACAAUGGCUGGAUCAUCUCUCCCUGUGGCACCAAGUCACCCUUCUCUUGCUUGGAAUUGGAGUGUCGUCCUGGUGAGGGAAGAAGACUUCAUAUGCUGUGUGCCCAUCUUCCCUAAACAUCCUGGUGGGCUGGCACUGUGGCUGUGACUGUCAUAAUCAUUGUGGAGUAAUAUCUCUGAAUCAAAGGUUGACUUUCCCUGAGGCCACUGGGUCAGGUGGUUCUGUUUGGGGUUGGAAAGCAAAAAUGGGUCAGUAGAUUCUCCUAUGGAAGUGACUGCUCUGUCUCCUCAGAACUUUUUCCAAGGUCAUAAUGUUGAUGUGACUCAUGAAUUUAAAUAUAUAAUGAAUACAGUCCUAUUAAAUUCUCCUGAAACUUGCCACUUAAAGGGA